AAGGGGGAACGCAACUGCUGUCGGGUUGACCAAUAACUGGAGAUGAAACAGCGGGUUUAGAAUCGCGUUGGUAAAUUGGUGACAGCACACUUCCACGUGGCCUUGCCCCGAAGCAAAUGGUGUAUGAGGACGCGCUGAGGAAGUGCUUUCAUCGCGGUAAGGUAGCGAAUGUAGGGAGAGACGGGGAGGGCUGUCGCUGCUGGGGUUUCUUUACUGGAGAGGGAAAACAACAUGGCUGCGGUGGAGCUCGAAUGGAUCCCAGAAACACUGUACAACACCGCUAUCUCGGCCGUGGUGGACAACUACAGCCGGUCAAGAAGGGACAUCCGCUCGCUCCCGGAAAACAUCCAGUUCGAUGUCUAUUACAAGCUUUACCAGCAGGGCCGGCUCUGCCAGCUGGGGGGGGAGUUCUGUGAGCUGGAGGUGUUCGCUAAAGUCCUGCGGGCUUCAGACAAAAGACACCUCCUGCACCACUGCUUUCAAGCGCUAAUGGACCACGGUGUGAAAGUUGCCUCGGUUCUGGCAAACUCCUUCAGCCGCCGCUGCUCCUACAUCGCAGAGUCUGACGCCCAUGUCAAAGAGAAGGCCAUCCAGUUUGGCUUCGUGCUGGGGGGCUUCUUGUCGGACGCAGGCUGGUAUGGUGAUGCAGAGAAAGUGUUUCUGUCGUGCCUGCAGCUGUGCACGCUGCACAGUGAGGUCCUCCACUGCUUCCGGGCUGUGGAAUGCUGCGUCAGGCUGCUUCAUGUCCGCAAUGGCAACUGUAAGUACCACCUGGGGGAGGAGACCUUCAAGCUCGCUCAGUCUUACAUGGACAAACUAGCCAAACAUGGCCACCUGGCCAACAAGGCAGCGCUGUACGGCGAGCUCUGUGCCUUGCUCUUCGCCAAAAGCCACUACGACGAGGCAUACCGGUGGUGUAUAGAGGCUAUGAAGGAAAUUAGUCCAGGGCUGCCUGUCAAAGUAGUGGUUGAUGUCCUCCGGCAAGCCUCAAAGGCCUGCGUGGUCAAGCGGGAGUUCAGAAAAGCAGAGCAGCUGAUCAAACAUGCAGUGUUUCUAGCGAGAGAACAUUUUGGACACAAGCAUCCGAAGUACUCCGAUACGCUGCUAGAUUAUGGAUUUUACUUAUUAAAUGUAGACAACAUUUGCCAAUCUGUUGCUAUUUACCAGACAGCGUUGGACAUCCGACAGUCUGUGUUCGGGGGGAAGAACAUCCACGUUGCCACUGCCCAUGAAGACCUGGCCUACUCCUCGUAUGUGCACCAGUAUAGCUCUGGGAAAUUUGACAACGCUCUAUUCCAUGCGGAACGUGCCAUCGACAUCAUAACUCAUAUUCUGCCUGAGGACCAUCUGCUGCUGGCCUCCUCCAAGAGAGUCAAAGCUCUUAUUCUGGAGGAAAUCGCCAUUGACUGCCACAAUAAGGAGACAGAAGAGCGCCUCCUUCAGGAGGCUCACGACCUUCACCUCUCCUCACUGCAGCUGGCAAAGAAGGCCUUCGGAGAGUUCAACGUCCAGACCGCCAAACACUACGGCAACCUAGGACGGCUCUACCAGUCCAUGAGGAAGUUCAAGGAGGCCGAGGAGAUGCACAUCAAAGCCAUCCAGAUCAAGGAGCAGCUUCUGGGCCACGAGGACUACGAGGUGGCCCUGUCUGUGGGUCACCUGGCCUCCCUCUACAACUACGACAUGAAUCAGUAUGAAGACGCAGAGAGGCUCUACCUGCGCUCCAUCGCUAUCGGUAAGAAGCUGUUUGGAGAGGGUUACAGUGGGCUGGAGUACGACUACCGAGGCCUGAUCAAGCUCUACAACUCUGUGGGAAACUACGAGAAGGUGUUUGAAUACCACAACGUGCUCUCCAACUGGAACCGGUUGAGGGACCGUCAGUUUGCCGUGGCAGAUGCCCUGGAGGAUGUCAACACUACGCCCCAGCAGACCCAGGAAGUGGUAAACGCUUUCCUAUUGGCUCAGAGCCUAGGCGCCAUCCGCCCCUGUCUCGGCUGAUUUUUUGAGGGAAGAGAGGGGGAAAGGGACAUGAUGGCUUUAGCCUGCUGAGGACACGUACGAAGCCCAAACGUGAUGCUUCAGUCACACACGGAUUUUAGAAAUGCACAGUAAAUUCAACCAACGGCGAUUUCAGUUGGCUUCAUAGUCCUUGCAGAUGCCAGAACACAACGACACACACACACACACACACACACACACACACACACACACAUAUUUAGCUGGGCAAGAAAGUAGAGACAAUGUUAUCAAACCUCAUCCACAUUUAAAACCACCAAGAUGCAACUCCAGACUGGAUGCAGCUUCACCCCACAGAGCGGACUGUUGCAUUUCUCUGAGAGAAAGAGGACACAUGACUGAGUGAGGCGGGAGAACAACCCCCAACCAACAAAGGAUCUCUACUCUUCUCUCGCUCGCCAUUUGGAAUCGGAGGAGAUUUCUUCUGUUUUUUCUUUUGUAUUUGAACCAGUGUAGCUCUUGACUGGCGUGAGACGCGUCACAGAUACAAAUCCUGUUUCUCCGGGGCUACGGAUUCAACAGGAACUGGACCCCAAACGCCAUCUGUGAAAAACUUUGAAUCCAUCAUCAGCAUCAUCGCUUGAUGGAGCUGAAGGAAAAUGUCAUAUUUUUGACACUUGUACAGUAAAAUAAUACAGCAGAUUGUACAGUUUAAAAAAAAAUCUCUUUGCAAAGAAAUGAAAGUAGACCCUAAGAGAACUCCUGUCUUGAGCUGCUUGUUGGGAGAGAGAUUACAAACCGUGGAAUGUGUUGAACCAGUGGGUAUAUUGUUACACAAAACCGGCUUCACAGGUCUUGUUUUCAAUAUAUAUUUCAUGACUUUUUCUUUAAAAAAAAAUCUGUUUCCAGCUUAGUACCGACAAUAAUUAAAAUGCCAACAGUUUAUAUGAAAAAGAGUAUGUGAUGUAGCUCUGUAUAUGCUUUUCUGAGUGACCUCUGGAGGAACGGCUCAACACUUAACUCUAAGCAGGGCACUUGGAUAGGAGUGAAAAGAGGCAGAUGCUACAUGUACAGAGGCUCAGGAGCCUCCCUUUGGUAAUGUUGAGGUGUGGCUUCACAUCAGAGAGUGAGAGUGUGUGUGUGUGUUGAUGGACACAGAUAGAAGUCUGGGUGCCCAAGUGCUCCACUGAUGAUUACCAGCCUUACACCAGCUUGCAGUUAUCUGUCUGUAGACGGACCCAUACUCUUAAGUGCUAAAUAAACUAUUUUACCCGUAUGGGCACCACA